ACUUUGGUGAACAAUAAUUUAUAAUUCGUGUUCGAAGGUUCAGGGUAAGAUGGUGAUACUGCUGAAGCUAUGGCUGCAAGACACUCUUUAUCCAUUGCUAUUGACUCGGGUAUCACCAAGUUAAUUAUUGAGUCACGUUGUUUGAAGCUUAUUCAGCACUUGAAGUGUAGGAAGACUGAAAAUUCCGAUUUUGGCCGUAUCAUUUGUGAUAUUCUUGCUUUGUCUGCUAGGUGUCUUUCUAUUAGUUUUUCUCAUAUUGGUAGGAAUGGCAACGGCGUUGCCCAUAGACUUGCUUGUGUUAGCAGGAACUAUGAUGUGAUGAGGGUGUAGAUUGAGGAAGUUCCGACGUGUGUGUCGGAUUAUGUUAUGUUUGACUCUUUGGUUGAAUAAAUUGGCUCUUGUUUCUCUCUCUCGGGGAAAAAAAAAAAAAAAAAAAAAACAUUUUUAUUUUAUGUGUUUAUAAAUUAAAAGGCAGCAAGCAAAACGAUGUCGUUUAGCCAAGAACUUCCAUUCAAGAGUAUCCUACUCCCCUUUCUCUCAUUCCAUCUCUCUCAUUCUUCUUUGAAUUUUCUCGCAAAAGUCGACUGCUACCUCAUGUGCUUCAAAUUGGCGAGGAAUUCUACUUAAUCUAUCUCUGUUGAUGUGGGUUUUUGCUCGAUAGUCAUUCUAGGUUGGCUUCAUUCGGGAAAUGACUGAUGAGCAGUGAUUAGUUAUUCAUCAUCUUCUGCACUCACUCUUGCACUCUGAAGUUCUAGCGUGCGUCUACCUUCAUCAGAGGUAUCACUCUGAGUCUCUGACAUAAUGAUUCAUCAUCGACUGCAGUUUCUCUUGCAUUCUGAAGUUCUAACAUGCAUCUGUGCAGAACAUGAGCUUAGUAGGACUCCAUGGUAAAUCUAUCAACACUGUUGUCUGUCCAUGUUGAAACAACUAGGGUAAAGGCCUAAAGGGACAAAUGAAAGUUCAUGGAACACCUCAAUAAAUACAGCUCAUAAAUCUGUGCGGAUGAAUCAUUCUGUUUGGGCUCACUCAUCAUUUCUUCUCCCAUAAAUCCCCUCAAUGGCGUGUCCCUGACCUUCUAGUCCCUUCUCUUCUCAUCUGCACAAAGUAGCUGCAAUGGAGGGGAGCAUACUUGAUUCCCUUGGCACAGAACUAAUAGGGGUAAUGUCCCCUGUUUCAAUUUGUAUGCUCCUAGUUGUUCUUUUGGUAUCCAUUCUUUCUCCAUCCUCUUCUUUCCCAUCUUCCCCUACUCCAACCCCCAUUGUCACUGCAGCCAACCUCGUCUAUUCAGAAAAUCCAUCCGAUUCUACUACCCAAAAAUUUGAAGGUGCUCUUCUUAAUGCUGCUGUUUUUGUUGUACUCAUUGCAGUAGUCACCUUCGUCCUUGUCCUCCUUUACUACUAUAACUUCACCAACUUUCUCAAACACUAUAUGCGCCUAUCUGCUUUUCUCAUCCUCACCACUAUGGGGGGUGCCAUUUUUCUCUCUCUCAUCAGCCAUUUCUCUCUCCCCUUUGAUGCCCCCACGUGUUUUCUCUCUCUUUUUAACUUCUCUGUACUUGGGGUUGUCUCAGUAUUCGGCCGAGGGGUUCCAAUUAUCAUUACCCAAACUUACACUGUGAUUUUGGGGAUCAUUACUGCUGCUUGGUUCACCCAAUUACCUGAAUGGACUACCUGGGUGCUGCUGGUUGCUUUGGCGGUAUAUGAUUUGGUUGCAGUUUUAGCUCCCGGUGGUCCGUUGAAGAUUCUAGUGGAACUGUCUCAGUCGAGAGAUGAUGAUCUUCCAGCUUUAGUUUAUGAGGCAAGGCCUACGGUUUCUACAUCUAGUGGCGGGGGAAGAAGAAAUGGGGGUUUGGGGCUUUUGGUUGGUGGGGUUUCAGAUAAUUCAUCAGUGGAGCUUCAGAAUCUGUCAACAACUGUUGGAAAUUAUUCCAAUGAGGAUGAGAUUGCAGUUGAUGAUGAAAGAGAGAGAAUGGGGAAUGAAAGGGGUGGUGAUCAAGGGGAAACAAUACCGUUGGUGGUAGCGAAUUCAAGUGAGAUUGGCGUGGUAGAUGAAGAAAGGUCACCUCUUGUGGAGAUGGUUGCUGGGGAGGGGAGAGAUGGCGGUGAUGGUAAUGAGGAAGCCAUGACUGCUGGUAUCAAACUUGGACUGGGAGAUUUUGUGUUUUACAGUGUUCUCGUGGGCAGAGCUGCAAUGUAUGAUCUUAUGACAGUAUAUGCUUGUUACCUUGCUAUUAUAUCAGGGCUUGCUUGUACUCUCAUUUUGUUGUCCGUGUGUCGUCGAGCGCUACCAGCCUUGCCUAUUUCAAUUGCUUUAGGGGUGAUUUUUUACUUCUUGACUCGAUUGUUAAUGGAACCUUUUGUUGUUCAGACGUCAACAAAUUUGAUGAUGUUCUGAUGAAGCAACUUCCUCCACACCCAAAAAAGGAAUAAGCACUACAGUUUACAGAAGGUUAUGUUUUUCCAAGAGGGUUGUUCUAUUUGCUAAGAGAUGUUGUGUUGUUUGCUGUAUUUUUGACCGGGCAACAGGCCAACACAUUCUUUUUCAAGGUUCUCGACAUGGAUGACUGAGAUUUACCAAAUCUGUCUCUGGUUUUGCUGAUGUGUGAAUAUAGUGUACAAGAAAUGCAUUCAUCAAUCUGAUAUUCGUAUAUUUUACAAUGAGAAGUGGUUUAUCUUGACCAUGGAAGGAAAUGGAGUAGCUGUCGAUUAAGAUUUUUUGCGUCAAUGCUCAAUUGUUUCAUUAUAUAGUUAAGGUGUACCGAGAAAUGGUUUUCACAUUCAAGAUAUUGAAUUUGGCAUUCCUCUUCGUGACCAA